AUGUAUCCUGGAAAGGAGAGCCCAGAGAUAUUUAGAGGAUCUUUGAGAGCCUUUCCCAGUGUGUUCGCGAGUACGGACGCCAAAAUUAAUAGCGGCUCACGCGUCAUAUUGCCCCCAACAUGCUUGCAGAAAUUGUCAACCAUGAGGGUCGCUUACCCGCUGCAAUUCAAACUGCGCAAUGGUAAACGGGGAGUGACGUGCUAUGCAGGAGUGCUUGAAUUCAGCGCAGAGGAAGGUCAUAUUGUUAUGCCAGCCUGGAUGUUCACUGCGAUGGGGCUGUGCGAGGGCAGCACCGUUGCCAUCGAGACAUGUACACUGCCACCCGGAGGUCUUAUCAAGUUACGGCCGCAGGAAAGCAACUUCCUCCAGCUGAGCAACCCAAAGAAUGUUUUGGAGAUGCGGCUGAGUGACUACCCAGUUCUUACCAAGGGAACGUCCAUUGUUCUGGACUAUCUUGACAGGGACUUCGUUAUCGAUGUUAUUAGUAUCACGGAUGACACGGGUAAAAGCGUCGAUGCCAUAUCCACAGUGCGGGCUGACACGCAAGCAACUGAACUCAAAGUUGAGUUUGAACGCCCCCUCGAUAUGCCCCCGUCACCAACAGAAAGCGAACGCCAGAUGCCACAGGGAGGUAACAUAAUUGGAGCCGAUGACGCCGUCGAAUUCGCUCCGUUUGUGCUUCAGCCACCUACCAUCGGCAAUCAACCUCAACCAGCGCGUACGAAGCAACCGAAAGAAGAAGCGAAGGCAGCGUUUGUUCCAUUUAUGGGAGUGGGACGACGUAUCGACGGGAAAUCGACGGUUGAAGAAAAAAGCGACACCGGUGGUCACCGUGUUGCAAAGACGCAGGAGGAAAUGGCUCAAGAGGCACGAGAAAUGCGGUUGAAGGCUUUUGGCAGAUUCAACGCAGCAAAAAACUGA